AUGGGCACGACUGCUUCGGCCAAGCUCACCGCCGGGGAAGAACGGUGUUUGACCAUGAGCGACGAGGAAGAGGACUACGACUUCGAGUACUCGGAAGAGGAACAGGAGGAAACCGACGUCGGCCUCGAGAACAGCUACUACUCAGCCAAGGCCCUCAAGGCGGAAGACCCCAAGGCUGCGGUGGAAGCCUUCCGAGCGGUCAUGGCGCAGGAGGAGGAGCAGGGGAUCUGGGGGUUCAAGGCGCUGAAGCAGAUGAUGAAGCUGCUCUUCAAGAUGUCGGCAUUCCAAGAGUUCACGGACUGCUACACGCAGCUGUUGGGGUAUACGAAGGGAGCCGUCACGCAGAACGUGGGGGAGAAGGGCGUGAACAGCGUGUUGGACUACGUGUCCUCCUCAAACGACUGGGCCCUUCUCAAGGGCUUCUACGAGCAGACGCUGGAUACGCUCAGGCGAGUGCAGGAGCACAAGAACAACAGACUGUGGUUUAAAUGCAACCUCAAGCUGGGACACUUGAUGUACGAGGUGGGGGAGAUGGGCAGGCUGCAGAGGAUAAUCAAGGAGCUACUGAAGGCUUGCGAGAAAGAGGGGAACGGGGACGACGACGACACCAACGCCGUCAAACGGGGGACGCAGCUGCUCGAGAUCUUCUCCUUGCAGAUCCUCAUGCACUCCAGACAAAGGGACCAGAAGAAACUGAGGGAAGUCUACGAGCGAGCGCGAAAGAUCACCUCCGCUGUACCGCAUCCCAGAGUUGUGGCCACCAUUCUCGAGUGCGGGGGCAAGAUGCACAUGCAGGAGAGGGAGUGGGACCAAGCCUGCACGGCUUUUUUCCAGAGCUUCAAGAACUACGAUGAGGCGGGCGAUCCAGAGCGGUUGCAGGUUCUCAAGUACUUGGUGAUGGCCUCCAUCCUGCACAAGAGCGAAAUAGACCCGUUCGACAGCCAGGAGGCCAAGCCGUACAAGCAAGACCCCGAGAUCGUCGCGAUGACCAACCUCGUCGAAGCCUUCCGAAAUAAACAGAUCAAGGACUUCGAACGCAUCCUAAAGACACACCGCGCCUCCCUGAUGGGAGACCCGUUCAUCAAGCUCUACAUCGACGACAUCUUGAGGACGAUGCGCACGCAGGUGCUGCUCAAGGCAAUCGCCCCCUACACGCGGGUGAAGCUUCCCUACCUCGCGGGGGAGCUGAACGACAUCCCCGUGACGGACGUGGAGGACCUCUUAGUUUCGUGCAUCCUCGACGGAAAGGUUGACGGGAAGAUCGACCAGGUGAAUCAGGUAGUUCUGUGCGGGAAAGUGUGCCCGGCCGCGGGAGGCCCGGCAAGCUCCGAGGCUGGCGCUGCCGCUGCGGUGGGGUCGGGAUCGGGAUCAAGAGCGCGAACCGCCGUAGCGUUGGAACGGUGGGCGGAGUCCCUCCGAUCACUCAACACCAACAUUGCCGCGAAGGUCGACUACCGAUGACGAGCAAGCGCCCGGUCGAGGGUGAUUUUAUGUGCUCGCCGAAUAACUCUGCUGCUGCUGCUGCUGCUGCUGCUGCUGGCUGCUGCCGCUGCGGCUGCCGCUGACGCUGACGCUGCUGCUGCUGCUCUCUCUCGUUUGGGGUACAAGCGGACGAGCUGAUGUUGUCCAAAAGGACAAGUGCCGAUUUGACGAGGGUGUGUCGCCUUUCCCGAGCGUGGGUGAAGCGGAAGAAGGCAGUUUGGUUCACUCUCUCUUAGCGGCAGCUUACGUGCGGUAGUUUGGAGGGGGCGACGGAGUGUGUGUCGGGGGGUGUAACUGCCUGCAUCAAGUUCACUUCAACAUGUUGCACGUUUUUGCUAUGUUUUGAGGAUGCUGAUGACAUCUUGUCGCUGGUGUCCUUGAAAUGUUUCCGUGAGGCCCAAGCUGAACCAGACGUGGUGUAAGGACGAUGCUAGAGUUUUUUUGUUUUUUUGACAGAAAUCAAAGUCUUCGAUGAACGGAGGGCACAUUUUGAACUUUUUCAACAGUUUCGCUGUCCCCAUGUAGAUCCCUGUGCUCUUGUCAGUCCGGACCGCGAAUGAUCGAUCGUCGGGCGGAUACGAGUGAGUGGCGGAAUGGAGGCGUUUUUCGUUUUUGCACCGGGAGUUGUUGCCGCCGAAUGUCGGCCAGGGAGGGUGGGAGACCGCCGAACGUAAGCCAAGGGAGGUGUGGGGAUGACGGUAGUGAACUUCAUUUAUUGCUCAUGUACCGUAUGCGCACGAUGAUGGAAUGUUCCCGUUUGGGUUUACGCACAUGAAGGUGAACAGUUUUCGUCCUUGUGCACGGUCUGUUGCGCGUGUUGCAUUGUUGUAAAUGGUCGCUUGUCUUGAGAAAGUGUUCGAUUGUAGAAUAAUAGCUUGCUUGUUCAUAAUGCCCCGGAAACGGCAAAAUGGGGUCAUUUAUUAACACCAGCCGUUUCCUUUCUUUCAUGCAGUCUUGUCUACCCCCUCAAAAAGCUGUAUUUUUUUUUCGUUUGUGCCGGUGUCGAUUGUGGGUUGUUUCCUGUUGUGUACCUCUGCUAUCCUCGAGGGAAAAUAUUUAGUCUACACCUACGAAUAUUUUCACAAUUUAGUACGG